AUGAACUACACAUACCUCGUAACAUUAUUACUUGUACUAUGUACAUAUGAAGCAAUGGCGAUGCGUAAGCAAGGUGUUGCAGUCCGAGGACAACUUAUGUGUGGAUCUUCACCUGCAAAUCACACCAAAGUGCGCAUUGUUGACAUUGACACUGGCCCAGAUCCAGACGAUACCCUCGAUGAGAAAUUUACAGACGGCGAUGGAAAGUUCGAGCUGAACGGAUACACUCGCGAAUUAACGUCUAUCGACCCCGUUUUGUACAUAUGGCACGACUGUCUUGAUGGUCUUACGCCGUGUCAACGAAAGAUCACCUUUACAAUACCAAAAAAAUUCAUCCAUACUGGUAAUCCAACACCAGAGCAAUGGGUUGACAUAGGCGUAUUGAACUUGCAAGCGCAAUUCGAGAUGGAAGGCCGAGAGUGCACUAAUUAGAUGGUCGAUUAUUCAUUGAUCAAUUCAAUUUGAAACUUUAUUCUCUAUCGUUUAUAUCAAUUUUCAUCAGUAUUCAUUCUACAAAAUUUUUGCACUUAGUCAUGAUAACAAUUCAAUUAAAUAUUGCAUUACAUCAUCAGAAUCCACUUCAUUUCUCAACAACAAUUAUCAGUGGUGAUGAAACCGUGAAUACUGAUGAGCACAAUAGCAAUAACAGCAUAGCAGUAACAGUAAUAGAAGUAGCGAUAAUCAGAACGAGAUGGGUAAUGGAACGAACAUUCUGAAAAUUUGAUCACUCC